CGCCAAUGGGAGCGGGCGCCGCUCGCCUUCCCGGCGUGCCCCGCGGCGGGCCAGCAUGGCGGCUCCCAUGGCCGCAGCCGCCUCACGGGGGGCGCUCUGGGCUGCCGGUGCCGCCGGGGCGGGGCCGCUCCGGCUGGGAGCAGCUCGCCUCCCGGGGAGCCGCAGAAGCGGGAGCAGCUUGACACUGGGCACGAUUCUGGGUGUUCCUGAACACUGGAGCAGGAACAGCUCGGCGCUGGGCAGGAUCCUGGGCGUUCCCAGCCGCUGGAGGGGGAGCAGCUCGGCGCUGGGCAGCCUCCUGGGCAUCCCCACCGAGACCCCACCUGCCGCUCUGGGCCAGCACCCACCGCCGGUGGCCACUGACAAAGAUGAGCAGAAGCGCCUGUUGGAGAAUCGGCCCGACCAGCCCCAGAACCCCAGGGUGCUGAGAAUUGCCAUCAUUGGCGCUCCCAACGCCGGGAAAUCCACGCUCUCCAACCAGCUCCUGGGAAGGAAGGUUUUCCCAGUCUCCAAGAAGGUCCACACCACCCGCUGCAAGGCCCGGGGUGUCAUCACACACCAGGACACGCAGCUGAUCAUUCUGGACACACCUGGCCUCACUAAUCCCUUAAAAGCCAAAAGGCAUAAUUUAAAUGAAGCCAUGCUGACAGACCCAUGGGAUAGCAUGAAACAUGCAGAUUUAGUCCUGGUUCUGGUGGACGUGUCAGAUCACUGGACACGGAACUCCCUGAGCAAGGAGGUGCUCAAGUGCCUGUCUCAGUUCCCCCACAUCCCCAGUGUCCUGGUCCUGAACAAGGUGGAUAUACUAAAGAAGAAGUUUCUCCUGCUGGAAAUAGCAACUGACCUGACAGAGGGAGUUGUAAAUGGAAAGAGAUUGGAAGUGAAAUCUGCACUUAAACAGGAUUCCAAUCCUUCAGCAAAGUCUCGCCUUCAUAUCACUUGGGCUUCUCCACCUGAAAGCAAGGUCCCUAGGUCUUCCUUUGGGCAGGAAAAGAAUCAGGCCCAGGUUGGCUCUGGUUUGAACAAGAGCAGUGAUGUUGGGGGCCCUGGCACAGGGGAAGCCCAGGGUACCAAGCCAAAGUACCAUGGACCUGAGGAUCAAAAAGACAGAAAAGGCUGGCCACACUUCCAGGAGAUCUUCAUGCUGGCAGCUCUCCGUGGGGAGGAGGUGGAUACACUCAAGAGGUACCUCCUGAUGCAAGCCAAGCCAGGCCCUUGGGAAUUCCACAGCGAUGUCCUGACCAACCAGUCACCUCAAGAGAUCUGUGAUAAUAUCAUCAGGGAGAAGAUCCUGGAGUACUUGCCCUUGGAAGUGCCUUAUGGAGUGACUCAGGUGACGGAGAUAUGGGAGGAAGGAGAAUGUGGGGAGCUGUUCAUUGUGCAGAGCCUCCUGGUGCCAAGGGAGUCCCAUAAAAGCCACGUACCCAACACUGGCUGUUCAGUAGCAGCUCAAACCUUCCCAAAGUUGCCUCACAGUUUAAUGCUGGGAUUUCCCUCAUUGCUUCUGUGGCUGCACUGUUCUCCUAGGCAAUGUAAGGGUGAGUUUGAUGACGUUCUCUCUGGGUUUUAACACAGAGGAUGUUGAUUGGAAGAGGAGGAAAGGUCAUCAGCAGGAUUGCUCAGGAGGCUGGCCAGGACCUGAUGAAUACUUUCCUGUGUGAUGUCCACCUGAAGCUCAAGGUGGAGGUGAAGGGUUGAGCACUUGGUGUGUUUUAACAGCCCUUGAACUCUCUGAUCAUGUGGAGAAACCAGUCCUGAGGGUAUCUUGGCACUUCUGUUCAAUUCAGAAAUAGAGGAUGAUGGAAUCACUACAGUGGGUUGAAGUAGAAUAUAUUAUUCUUUGGGGGAACAGCCCAAACUGAAAUAAAAUCUCCAGACCUUCUAUGGCAUCUGAACUGGGGACAGACACUGGAGAAUCAGCUGCACCCAUGAUUCUGGUACUGCAUUUCCAGAGCUGCCACCCACUUCUUUUGGGCUGUGUCUCAUAUCCUUGCUCUCAAGGUGUUUGUAUGUGGAAGUUCAGGAACAUCUCCUGCCUUGUGGCAAACAAAGGGUCACAGUGAAGGAUUAUUAUGAAGCACAUAUUUGUAAUCUCUUCUGAAGGCUGAAUCAUGGUCACACAGGAGGACUAGCCACCCCAGCCCACCUGAUGGUCUCAUGUUGACUUUUCUCCCUGCCCUUUUGAAGUUGGUGAGUGUACGGAGUCAGUUUUAGGGGUUUGCUGGAACAUGUGUAAUGCCUGAUUGGCUUGUCUGUCAUGUGAAAACAGCAUGAACCCACUUUUUGGGAAUUUGAGUAGUUUAUUGCAUCAGUUACUUCCAGGUCCUCACUCUUUGCAUCAGGGUCACAAAUACAAACAAUGAAGCUGUUGAAGCUAAAGAAAACCCCAAAGUGGGAAGAGCAGCAGGUUCUGCAGCUCAGCUGUAACAGAGAGCACCUGGCACAGAUGAGGCUGGAGGAGCAGGGCUCUUGACAUGGUGGAGCCUGGCACCAUGUGUGUGUAGUUGGACCUGGUGUUGGGGGCUUGUUUUGAUCUUUUGUCAGGCAUUGGGAGCACUGGGUACCUUCCUGCCAGCAAUCCAGGUAAAUCUCCAUGUGCAGUUCUAGGUUAGCAUCCCUGAGACAAGAAAACCCCAGCAGGGAAGAGAGUGGGAAGGGUCUGGAACCCAAACCUGCUCAGCCCCUUGUCCCUGUCUGGUGUACUGUGAAAGAGGUGUUUUACCCUUCUGCUGACUGACUCUAUCUGGAAUGUGAGAUCAACUGAAAAUUGGGUUGGGAGACUUCCAUGGAGUGUCCUUUCUUGUUUUCCAGGAGAAGGGGGUGCUGUGGUCCCUUGAAUGCUGCUGUACAACUUUUGUAUUUCCCUUGCAAUAAAAUGAGGUCCCAGCACAA